AUGGAUCAAGGGAGUCGUAGUGGUGGAGGAGGAGGAGGAGCCGAGCAAGGGAAGUUCCGGGGCGUAAGGAGACGGCCUUGGGGGAAAUAUGCAGCGGAAAUAAGAGAUUCAAGGAAGCACGGUGAGCGUGUGUGGCUAGGGACGUUUGAAACUGCAGAAGACGCGGCUCGAGCCUAUGACCGAGCAGCCUAUUCUAUGAGAGGCCAAGCCGCCAUUCUCAACUUCCCUCACGAGUAUAAUAUGGGAAGCGGAUCUUCAUCCAACUCUGCAGCUACUGCGGCAACCUCUUCCUCGUCGAGGCAAGUUUUUGAGUUUGAGUACUUGGACGACAGUGUUUUGGAUGAACUUCUCGAAUAUGGAGAGAACUAUAACAAGAUUAAUAAUAUUAACAUGGGUAACAGGCAAUAA